UGGGGCUCACUGUUGGUCGGCCAGUGUGUGUGGACAGUUUAGAAAGGCUGAAGGAAAAACACUACAAACAUGACUGCAGUUCAUCGCUUGGUCAUCGUCCGCCACGGUGAGAGCCAGUGGAACCAGGAGAACCGAUUCUGCGGCUGGUUCGAUGCCGACCUCAGUGAGAAGGGCAUGGAGGAGGCCCAGCGUGGAGCCCAGGCCAUCAAGGAGGCCGGGAUGAAGUUCGACGUUUGCUACACCUCUGUGCUCAAACGCGCUAUCAAGACACUCUGGACCAUCAUGGAAGGGACGGACCAGAUGUGGCUACCUGUCAUUCGUACCUGGCGUUUGAAUGAGCGUCACUAUGGUGGUCUCACGGGGCUGAAUAAGGCGGAGACUGCGGCGAAGCACGGAGAGGAGCAGGUGAAGAUCUGGAGGCGUUCCUUUGAUAUCCCUCCUCCUCCCAUGGACAAGGACCACCCAUACCAUCAGAUCAUCAGUGAGUCACGUCGCUACAAGGGCCUGAAGCCUGGUGAACUGCCCACUUGUGAGUCCCUCAAGGACACCAUUGCCCGCGCCCUUCCUUUCUGGAACGAAGUCAUCGCUCCUGAAAUCAAAGCUGGGAAAAACGUAAUCAUCGCAGCCCAUGGCAAUAGUCUCCGCGGCAUUGUAAAGCACUUGGAAGGUAUGUCCGAUGCAGCCAUCAUGGAGCUCAACCUUCCCACCGGAAUCCCCAUCGUGUAUGAACUGGAUGCCGAUCUCAAGCCCAUUAAACCCAUGUCUUUCCUGGGAGACGAGGAGACCGUGAAGAAGGCCAUGGAGGCUGUGGCUGCUCAGGGCAAAGUCAAGAAGUAAAAGUGCACAGAAACAAGCAAAAGGACACUGUAUCCAGCUAUAAGUCCACACUUUUUAUCUAACAUCCAUUCCAACAUGUUUUAGUAAAUUCUAUAACUGCAAAAACUGAAUAUCACCAUGAGUUAAAAUGACUUGAAAUUAGAUUGUUUUGACGGCAUUUAGUUGUUAAUGUCUGAGACCAUCUUUUGCUUAUGAGAAGAAUGAGGUGAAAUUUCUUUUCAUUUAAUUUCUUUUCUUUUUUUUCUGAAAUUCAAAACCAGAUCUAAACUUACAACUAAAAUACAUAUUCAAUUGAGCAGUGUUUAUUAAAUGAAAUGAAAAUUAUUUUUUUAUUACAAAAAAAAAAUUAAAACUGGUUUAAAAUAUCUCAAAAUUUUUGCAAUGGUCAGGACCUACAAACAAGAAAAAUCUAAACUUGUCAGCAUUACAAAGAACAAGACUUAUAUUCUGGAUUCAAGCCAGUUUAACUUAUAGACAUAUUCCUUUAUGCAGUGUUAUGCAGUGAAUGGCACUGUCCAGUUUAUCACUGUGUGUCUCAGCCUUUUUAAAUUGUGAUAAGCCCUAUUUUGAGGGCCUCACCACCCUGUAACAACCAAUAAAACCUGUUUUGUGUA